AUGGAGGAGACAACGUCACUUCGCGAGUUGGAGUCCUUGGUUACACCGGAGCCGGAGAUGGAGAUGCCCUUGACGAUAUCCCCCUCAGACACCUCCUUACAGACACCAGCCCCCGGUGACGAGGACGAGAAGAAGCCGGUGAAGAAGAGAAAGUCAUGGGGUCAGGAACUCCCAGUGCCCAAGACCAACCUUCCUCCCAGGUUCACUAAUCCAUCUCACAGGAAACGAGCCAAGACCGAAGAUGAAAAGGAGCAGCGCCGCAUUGAGCGCGUGCUUCGAAACCGCGCGGCCGCACAAACCUCCCGCGAACGGAAACGCCUGGAGAUGGAGAAGCUCGAAACCGAGAAGAUCCGGAUGGAACAACAAAACGAGUUCCUCCUGCAGCGCCUCGCUCAGAUGGAAGCCGAGAACAACCGCCUGUCCCAACAGGUCGCUCAGCUCUCGGCCGAGGUGCGCGGCUCUCGCAGCAGCACCCCCGUCAAGGCCAGCACUCCCGGUCCCGCCAUCAUCUUUGCAUCGACGACGACCACUACCACUACCACGACCUCCCCCGCCCCCGCCCCCGCCACGACUUCGGCUCCGGCUCCCUCCAUCAACAUGACCAACCCCGCCAUCACCUCUCCUACCCUCACACCCACCCUCUUCAAACAAGAAGGCGAAGAUCUCCUCAUGGACCGGAUUCCCUUCCCCACUCCCUCCACCGUCAACCUCGAAUACUCCCCCACGCUCAAGCCCUCCACUCUGGCUGAGGCCUCCGACGUGACACAACAUCCUGCCGCGGUGUUGUGCCCAUCAGACCUGCAGUGUCCGUCGGUGGCCUCGAAGGAGUCGGAGCCAGCUCCAGCGGGGCUCUCCCCCUCUUCGACCUCGAGCUUCCAGCUCACGCUAGCCACGACGUUACAGCUCCUCUUUCUGACGAUGACUUCCGUCGCCUCUUCCACAGUGACUCUCCCACUGCUUCAAAUCCUUCAUUCCCUGAAGACGGGUUCGCCUUUGGCGCUCUCGACGGCGGCGAUCUAUCAGCAUUUCCCUUUGAUUCAUUGGUUGAUUUCGACCCCGAGUCUGUCCCCCUCGACGGCGACCGGCCCGUUCUUUCGGAUGAGACUGCUCACCCGACUGCUUGCAUGCAGCCCAGCCUUGGCGCGUCCUCUUCGCGAUGCGACGGGCAGAGCAUUGCAGCUAGCGGUUAGGGAGCAGACCCUCAACCCGCAAGGAGCGGCGUCGGACACGCAGUUGGACGGUCGACCUUCUUGGACGUCCCUAUUGACCAUGGCAUGGGCGAUCGAUAGUAUCACCGGCCAGUCGCGACGACGCAGACGGGCCAUGGGAGCGAUCCCAAAGACAAACCAAAUCUUGUCAUCCACGUCGGCUGUCAAGUCUCGGGGCAUUGGAAAAAGAACCUCACCUCGGGGCAUCGGUCGACGACGCAGUUACGGAAAGAUCAGUCACAUUUAUCAAGAUCAACACAGCAGACGGAGUUCAUGGAGUUCAUCAACAGCGACCGGCGAGACGUCGUCGGUCCUGUCUAGCAAACAACUAUAA